GAUCGAGCUCCCUAGAAGGUGACGGGUCAUUGAUAUGCAGUCCAAAGUCGCGACUGCGAAAUGUCAAAAUAUCUCGGCGAGUUACCCUGCUUGUACCGUCACCAAAAUAGUGACGAGUCAUUGUUCACAAUAGACGGAGAUCGCUCAGCGAGGCCAAGUAAGCCUCAGACAUUGGCCUUUGAAACCUGUGGAAGCGUGGUAUUGUAAUUUGCCGUGAAUGACGGGUAGAGCUGGGUACUCCGUCGUGGUUGCAGUUGUAGUAGCAGUUGUAGCUUUCUACGGCCUCCCUGCGAUGGGCUUGUCCCGUGUAUUGCUGGGAGUGGCUGGGGUUGCUGCCGGGGCAGCCAUCUUGUGCAACUUGCCAACCAACCCCUUCGUACCGACACCAGUGAAAGCAACGCUGCCGUACUUGUCUGGGAUCAAUCUGAAGACAAUUGAAGAGAAACCAAAGGAAUUCAAGGCCAAAGCAUUAUGGGAGAAAAGUGGUGCAGUGAUAAUGGCAGUGCGGCGACCCGGAUGACCUUUGUGUCGGGAGGAGGCCCAAGGGCUGUCCUCCCUAAAGUCGGAUCUUGAUGCCCAAGGAGUGGCUCUGCAUGCUGUAGUGCAUGAGACCCUUGGAGUCAAAGAGUUCCGACCCUUUUUCAAAGGUGAUGUCUUCCUGGACAAAGAGCGCAAGUUUUAUGGUCCAACAGAGCGAUGGAUGUUGUUUUCAGCGCUACUAAGAGCUAAAGUAUGGAUGAACGUCAUCUCCAACCGACAGAGUGGAGUGAAAGGCAACAUGAUUGGUGAAGGGAGGCUGCUGGGAGCCGUAUUCGUAGUUGGUCCAGGAGAACAAGGAAUAUUGUUUGAGCACAGGGAGAAAGAGUUUGGAGAUUAUGCUAAUUUGACAGACGUUAUGGAUGCAGUAAAGCAAAUUAAGCAGUAGACAGUGUUAGUAUGGAUGUAUGUGUGAGAUGUUGGCUUUGAACAUAAUCAAGCAGUAUAUAUGCAUGGCUGAGUGUCAUCACCUUAAUCCAUCUCAUCAGCUGUUGCAAAGUCGUUGAAUGAAGUCUCAGGUCAAAGGUUACCUCCCUGAGAUGGAGGACAAUACAACUCAGGUAACAGCUGUAGAGCUGCAUGAAGUGAUCUCGUGUAUGUAAAUCGUGUGUAACUAAAUAAUAAAAUGAUCAUUUAUGGCU